AAUGUAAUUGGUCAAUGCUCUCUAAGGGGAGGGGAACUCGUAUUUAACCAAUGAAAAUGCAAAAGAGUGGUCACAUGACCCACAUGGGUCCAUUUUGUUCCCUCUUUCAGCACACGUGCACAUGUCACAUGGCUCCAUAUUUUCUCCACUGAAAAAGGCAUUUUUCACUUAUUUCUGUCCAGAUAAUCAGCUACAAAAAAUCAGAAUCACCUUCAUUGAGGCUUGCCAGCAGCAAUACACACGAGCUAAGAAUUUAGUGUGGAAAAAAUGCAGGACAAUCCUUCCAGUACCACAAUGGAGAGGCAGACUGCCAAAGGCAACAGAUGUGAAACAUCCUGCUGAAUACUUUAGAGGCCUCCUCACUAGUAGCUGUAUUGAAAAUAUAGUAGAACAAACCAACCUCUAUGCCAUACAGUGUGAUCCUAGCAAACCACUCAAAGUCACAGUUGAGGAGAUUGAGCAAUUCAUUGGCAUUUGUUUCUUUAUGUCAAUCUUCGGACUUCCAGGAUGCCGAAUGUACUGGCAGUCAGCAACAAGGAUCGACUGUGUUGCAAACACCAUGGCCUUGCAUCGCUGGGAGUCUAUCAAACGCAAUCUACACUUUUCUGACAACUUAAAGCAAGCUCCUAUUGGAGAACCAGCUUAUGACAAGCUGUAUAAGGUGCGCCCACUGCUGACAUCCCUCUUGGAGCAGUUCCAAGCAAUCCCAAUUGAUGAAAAUCUUUGUGUGGAUGAACAAAUUGUCCCAUUCAAGGGGAAACACCCCAUGAAACAGUACAAUCCCAAGAAGCCAAAACGCUGGGGAUAUAAAGUCUUUGUUCUUGCUGAUAGCAGUGGCAUGGUCUACAACUUUGAGGUGUACACUGGGUGUAUCUCUCCUUGCAAUGGGCAGCCUGACAUAGGUGCUAGUGGUAACAUAGUGCUUACCCUUUCAAGCAUCAUUCCAGACAACAUCUCCCACAAGUUGUACUUCGACAACUGGUUCUCCAGUGUUGACCUGCAGAUGCUGUUGGAAAAGAGGAAGAUCCACUGCAUUGGCACAGUCAGAACCAAUCGUCUGGCUGGAUGCUGUCUCCCAACAGAUCAAGACAUGAAAAGGAAAGGAAGGGGGGCUUUUGAGGAAAAGGAGACCAUUUAUAAUGGGGUUACUCUUAGGGCUGUGAAGUGGCAUGAUAAUCGAGCAGUCACUCUCCUCUCCACCUUUGCCUCAGCGAAUCCAGCAACCACUGUGAUGAGAUGGGACAAAAAAAAGAAGACAACAGUCCAGGUGAAAUGCCCAAGCAUUGUCACCAAGUACAACAAAAGUAUGGGAGGGGUUGAUCUACUAGACUCCCUCAUUGCCCUCUACAGAACAAAGAUUCGAUCCAAAAAGUGGUAUCACCGAGUGGUCUUCCACAUGUUUGAUUUUGCUGUUGUUGAGGCCUGGCUCCUCUACCGGAGAGACAGCAGAGACUGUGGCAUCCCCCCAAAGGAUGUGAGCAGCCUUGCAAAAUUCAAAGCUGAAGUUGCAGGAUGUCUCUGUAUGGAGAAGAAGACCUUGAAGAGAAGAGGGAGACCAUCACAGCACACUGAGGAAGAACAGCCUGAGAAGCGUCCAAAAACCCCUGUAGAACCACGACCAUCAACGCUGGUUCGCAUUGAUCAGACCGGUCAUUGGUCGGUUUGGGUUGAAAGAAAGGGCAGAUGCAAAUACCCAGGAAUUGCUUCCUCAACUUUCACAAGCAGUGAGGUGCCAUUAGUGAGGAAGGAGAUUUUGUGUAGACUGAGGAAUAGAGGAAUGAGAAUUGGUGGUCGACAUCGAUUUGUUGUUAUCGACGAAAGCAAGUUUUCCCACAAAUGA